GGAGUGCCGCCGCGCAAGCACGCUGGGGAGUUUUCUGCCUUGUCCUGCCAGGCCAGAGAAGCAUUUGGGGAAUUGGCCGGCGAGAGGCGUGUCUGGUGCAGCAGCCUCUUCCCCUGCCCAGCCGGGUCCUUUUACCUGGAGCCUCCUUGCCAGCUCUCUUAGUAUUCCGGACAUUCCAAGACUUGCUUUCCACUGUUCCGUUCUCCAUCAUCAUCCGUGGAACCAAGUUAUGUCCACUGCUGCUUUAAUAAAUCUGGUUAGAACCGGAGGCCACCAAGCAAGAAGAGCGCUGUUAACGUCCCGUAUUUUGCAAGACGAGAAAUGUGUGGCCAUUGUGUGCCAGAGUUCAACAAGUGAACGCAGAACCUCCCGUUUUGACUUGGAUGGUAGUGGCCGUCCUGCCACUUGGGACUCAUUUGGUAUCUGGGACAACCGCAUAGACGAGCCCAUCCUUCUACCGCCAAGCAUAAAAUAUGGAAAGCCAAUCCCAAAGAUCAGUCUGUCAAAUGUGGGCUGUGCCAGCCAUAUUGGAAAGCGGAAAGAAAAUGAAGACCGCUUUGAUUACGCUCAGCUGACUGAUGAUGUCCUGUACUUUGCAGUUUAUGACGGACAUGGUGGGGUGGCGGUAGCUGACUUCUGCAAUAAGUACAUGCAAAAAUAUAUCCGAGAAUUUCUCGCUGAGGAGAAGAAUAUGGAAUUAGUAUUGAUGAGAGCUUUUUUAGAAAUAGACAAAGCAUAUCAGAAACAUGCUGAAUUGUCUGCCAAUGCUACCUUGCUGACUGCUGGGACCACAGCAACUGUGGCUCUGCUGCGCGAUGGGAUCGAGCUAGUUGUGGCUAGUGUUGGCGAUAGCCGUGCACUUUUAUGUCGCAAGGGAAAAGCCACGAAGUUGACCAUUGAUCAUACACCUGAAAGGAAGGAUGAGAAAGAAAGAAUCAAAAAAUGUGGUGGUUUUGUAGCCUGGAACAGCUUGGGCCAGCCUCAUGUGAAUGGCAGGCUGGCAAUGACCCGCAGCAUAGGAGACUUGGACCUUAAGAACUAUGGUGUGAUAGCAGAGCCAGAGACUAAACGGAUUCAGUUGCACCAUGCGAGUGACAGCUUCUUGGUCCUUACAACAGACGGCAUCAACUUCAUGGUGAACAGCCAAGAGAUCUGUGACUUUGUUAACCAGUGUCAUGAUCCCUCUGAAGCAGCUCAUGUGGUAACUGAACAGGCCAUUCAGUAUGGAACAGAGGAUAACAGUACCGCUAUCGUUGUGCCAUUUGGAGCAUGGGGCAAAUACAAAAAUUCUGAGAUCAGCUUCUCAUUCAGCCGAAGCUUUGCCUCAAGUGGACGAUGGGCAUGAUGAGGCUUUCUGUAGGAAAGUACUGAUUGUGAUGUGCUCUAGGUCCUUGCCAAACAAAAAGGAGAUACGUAGAUCGAUGUAACUAUCUUGUCCAUCUCUUUUCCUGCAGCUAGUGAUUUCUGUCUGGGGCGCAAACUGCUGUUAAUUGUUGCCUCUUAACAAACAUGUUUGCUACUGCUUACUUUAAGCCAGUGAUUUCCAUUCCCUCCUGUUUUUGCAGAGCUAAUGUUGGCUAGCAUCUUUGUAGGGAUUUUGUACCAAAAGUUUUAUACAACACUUGGUACUUUAUUGGGAACGGAGAACAUAUUGCAGAGGGGAGAAGGCCCUCAGUUUUCACAGUAUUGCAAAGUACAUGCUGAAAGAGAAGACAGGUGCCAUUUCUCUCUCUCUUACUAUCACAAGUGUUUUCUUCCAUGAUUUUAAAGUAGAGGGAAUCUAACAACUGGAAGAUUCAAAGUUUGCAUCAGUGACAAUCCAUUUCUGGUCACAGUUAAUCUCUCAAGUUUUUGGCUAGCCUAGCACUGGUUUUGAGGUAGAAUACAUUGAAGAGAAGUAUCUUCAUCUUUGGACUAAUUAUGGCACCUGAGACCUCUGUGUGCACAACACUAAUACGUGGGACCAGAUAGUGUGCCUUUAGUAGAUUGAAUACAAUGUAAAUUAUUUGUGUUGAUUUAGCCUUCUUGAAACAUGCUAAUACUUCAAAAUAGUUCACUUUCAAAACAUACUGUAAAGUGUUAAAAUCAAUUUUGUUCAGUUUGGUUAUAUAUUUUCACUCUGAUGUCAGGGGUAUAGAAGAAAACUGUCCUAGAUGCACAGUGUUAACUGGAAUAGUUAUUGAUGGGGCAGAAGGAAAGGGACAGGAGUGGAAUAGUUAAACUCUUAAGUUUUCAAACAAUAGUAACUUUCAUUUUGCUUUUGAAUUGGCAAAUACAGUGAGGUUACCCAAUUGCAUUUCUUAUCAACUGGUGUUGGAAGGGAACAAGGGAGUUUAUUCAAAGUUGCUUCUAAUUUUCACCUGAAGUUAAAUUUUGGAGGGAAGCAAAAAGUGCCAACAAAUCUAGUACCAUUUUUUUUCCUGGGGAUUCUCAAUAUUGGAACUUAGGUAUGAAGGGAACAAUCUGUAACUGGAAUUUCUUGGUAAGACAUCAAUAGUUUAAAUGUUAGGAACAUUUCCACAGGUUAGGAACAUAAUGUGUUAGGCUGUGGGGACCAUUGCAUUUCUCUAGAUGCCAUAGGCAGAUUAUAAUGACUUCUGAGCCACCAUAUGGGAAGCAUUUGCUUUUCCAUUCUCAUACAAAUAUUUCACACAUUUCCCUGGAGUAUAAAAGCUAACUAAAAUUAAUUAAUAUAUCAAGUUAUGUUGCUCCCAGGUGUAACAGUGCUGAGCCUUUCAAGUGAAUCCUGACCUCAAUGUGAACUGUGGACUGCUGCUGUUUCAUGCUUGGGCUUCUUGGGCCAGACCUUCAUGUAAAUCAUUCCAGCUUUGCUCAUGGAACAUCCUUUGGAUGUCUACCUUCUUCUAACAAAAGACAUGAAGUGCUUUGCAAACAGAAAGUGCCCUGGUAUUGCUCUGUUGUACUUAGUGUGUAUUUUACAUGUUUGUAUAAUAUCUUCUCUUUUCCUGUUUAUAAAUAAAUAAUUUGUUUAAAGUGUAUAUACA